UUGCGAUGGACACUAUUAAACAAGAGAAAGUAAAAAGAUUUGAGGAGUUUAUUGAUCGCCGUCUGAAACCAGAUCUAGUUCACGCAAUUGCUGAACGGGACAAGGUCUUUGAACAACAAAAGAUUUUCUCUGAUUUAAGAAGUAAUAUAGAGAAUUUGGAGAAGAACAAUGUAACUAAUCUGAAGACAUUGGUUAAUAUUGGCUCUGAAGUAUACCUGCAAGCUGAUGUCCCAGAUACAACACGCAUAUUUGUUGAUGUUGGACUUGGAUUUCAUGUGGAGUUCACUUGGUCGGAAGCUCUAAAUUAUAUAUCAGCAAGGGAGGAGAAACUAGCUAGGCAAAUAGAGGAAUAUACACGUCUAAUUGCAUCAAUUAAGGCCCAGAUCAAGAUGGUUUGUGAAGGGAUACGUGAGUUGCUCCAGAUUCCGCCAGAACGAGCUUACUAAGGUGUAUUCGUCUUAAAUUGCUAAAGGAGAGAGGAUUUACCGCGACAAGAGACCCAAAAAGUGAAGAAUGAAGCCAACAUAAUCUUCUAUCCAUUGAAAGAGCUGUGCAAAUUU